AUGUCUUCUACCCCAACAUCACAUCUCUUGGAACUCCAGGUGCUCACCCAAGUAGUAUUGCAGCAUCAAGAAAAAAAUGACAUUCGAGGCUCGAUACCUUAUCUUGCCAAAAUUGCACAAAUUAUUGACAAUCAACGCAUCGUCAAACCAACUGACGACAUUGAUGCCAGUCAGUCAACCUACGAUAGUCAGAUACGCGAACUCAACAAAUUAAAAGCCGAUGCUCAUUCUCAGCUGGCCGAUGCAUACUUCAAGACAGCUAACCAUGUCCAAUGCGAGGCAUCUCUCACUUGGUCAGUCAAGAUAUGGGAAAGACUUAUUAAACAAGACAAGACCACGAAAACCACGGCCAAUGAUGAUAUAAAACCACUUCUUUUGAAUGCCUACGAUCAACUAAAAGAAUGUUAUGAAGCACUCGGAAAGCCCUCAAUGGCUAAACACAUGGAAACACGAAAAGCCAAACUUCUGGAUCAGAAAUAG